GGUUGGCCUAGGUUGCAUACUGCAUAAGCUCAUCAGUUCCCCCAGAGUCUCUUCUUUCCGCCGAAUCUCCUCAUACCUGUAAAAAUGUCUGUGGUGGCCAACGAAGAUUUUCAGCACAUUUUGCUUGUGUUGAACACCAAUGUUGAUGGAAAGCAGAAGAUUAUGUUUGCUAUGACUUCCAUCAAGGGUAUCGGAAGGCGUUUCGCCAACAUUGUUUGCAAGAAAGCUGAUGUUGACAUGAACAAGAGGGCCGGUGAAUUGACUGCUCAGGAGUUGGAUAAUCUCAUGACAAUUGUCUCAAACCCGAGGCAGUUUAAAAUCCCAGACUGGUUUUUGAAUAGGCAGAAGGAUUACAAGGAUGGGAAAUAUUCCCAAGUUGUAUCUAAUGCUCUUGACAUGAAGUUGAGAGAUGACUUGGAGCGCUUGAAGAAGAUCAGGAAUCACCGUGGUCUGAGGCACUAUUGGGGUCUGCGUGUCCGUGGUCAGCACACCAAGACGACUGGUCGUCGAGGUAAGACUGUUGGUGUCUCUAAGAAGCGUUGAGUGCCUCCAUAUCACAGUCGACAUUAUUACGAGUCAGCAGAUAGUUAUUUCUUUGCUUUUAAGAAUGGUUUGCGUCAAGAAAUUUUUUGGAUGUGAUUUUGUUGGGUUUUAAACCCUGCAGACAAGUAGUGCUUCGUUUUAAUCGUUUUAUCAAUCGGUAUUUAAAGGAACCGUUUUGUUCUUUUUUA